AUGCCCAAAGAAGGCCCUGCCACAGCCCAGCAUGCAGAAGCGGUCUUAGCUGCCAUCGAGAAGCUCCCACGCCCAUUGAUGCUGCAAUGCACCUCUGGAAACCGAGCGGGCGCUGCACUCCUUCUCGCACAGGCAAAAGCCUUGGGCCACAACAGGGCCUCGGCAAGUUUGUUGGCCGAAGACUUGGACCUGAAGUUCUUCACCCGCUGCUCCGAGUGUGGGCCUGUGCGAGAUUGGGUCUUGCAACAGCUGCCGGCUGACAAUGAUGAGGCGCAGGUCUCGGAAGUGAGGAACCCUGGCUUCGUCAUCGAGCAGCUCUUUGAUGCUCACCAGGGCAGCUCUACUUUCACGUACUUGGUGGGCUGCACGCAGAGUCAGGAGGCAAUCUUGAUCGACCCCGUUCUUGGCCUUGAGACAAGGGACCUGGCCUUGGCGGAUGAGUUGGGUUUCAAGGUGACCCAUGUGGUGAACACUCACUGCCACGCAGAUCACAUCACCUCGGGCGGGAAGAUCCAGCAGAUUCACCCAGAGGUGAAGACGGUGAUCUCCGCCGCGUCCGGGGCCAAGGCGGACGUGAAGGUCUCAGACGGCGACCAGAUCACCGUCGGCCGCUACGUCUUAAAGUGUGUGGCCACGCCUGGACACACGGAUGGCUGCAUGACUUUCGUUUUGGAAGGUCCAGGUGAACCCAAGGCCGCCUUCACAGGCGACACCUUGCUGAUCCGCGGGUGUGGGCGAACGGAUUUUCAGCAGGGCAAUGCCUCCGCCCUCUACGAGAGCGUCCACCAGAAGAUCUUCUCCCUGCCGGAGGAUACCAAGAUCUAUCCAGGCAGACUGAGGAAAUGUGUCGACUGUGGCAGAGGAGAAGAAGUUUAA